CGGAUUACCCAUUCUGCUCCAUAUACUAGUCCCUCCCACGCAGGCUACGUAGCGCAGAUCUCUAGAGUGAUUAAACAAAGGCUUCCACCGUAAUCUUCCUAGCUAAUUAACCCAUUCCCUUGCCAGCCUCCUUCGCCAGAUCCCCGAGCUCCCCAAUCCGAACCGAGCAGAAGCGGCGGCGUUUCUAGGUAGGUACAAACAGUAUCGAAGCUCUGAUCUUGAAAGCAACAGAUGGAUGGCAAAAAGAAGAGGAACAAGAAGAAGAAGGGAAACCAAGGGAGGAAUACUGGUGAUGCAACGUCCACUGCUGAAGAAGCUGCUCCUCAGAGCCACAAUCAUGAUUCAGCCCCAAAAGACCAUUACAGCGGUACCGAUGCAGAUGACGCAAUGUCCAGUGUUGGAGAGGGAAUUCCGCAGUACCAGAAUCAUCCACAGGCAAAUCAGAAUGCUGCAAAUGUUGAUGAAACUAUAUCCUCUGUUGGUCAGGUGAUUCCGUGUUACGAGAAUCUUGAACCUACCAUGACACAGGAGAACCAGAAGUUCGGUAAUACAGUCUAUGCAGAUCAGAGGAGUAUUGGGAUGUCAGAUUCUAGUGUGGAACUUGACAAAGAUAGACUUUAUGAAGCAAAGCUCGAUAAAUUGCACGGGACAGUAAAGCAGUUAGAAGACGAGAAGAGUUUAUGGCUUAAAAAAGUGAACAUGAUGGAGAUCGAACUUGAAAAGUUGCAUAACAAAGUUGGUUAUCAUGCACAGAAUGAGGUUCUUUUGGAGGAAAAGCUUGAUAUUCUACAACAUGGGCAUGAUAUGCUCGUUAAAAAGGAGGAAGUUUUGGAUAACAAAGUCAGCUGCAUAGAGGAUGCCAAUGUUGUCCUAACUCAUGAGGAGACUUCUCUUAAAGAAAGAUUAAGUGAGCUGGAGGAGACCAACAAAGCACUGCUGGAGCAGGUGAAGGUGUUGGAUGAAGCUUCAAAAAUUACUGUUGAGGAAAAUCAGAGCUUGUUAACAAGCAUAUAUGAACUGGAGUCAAGACUACAAGCCGUUGAAGCAAAGAUUUUUCUUAGUGAAGUCUCCAUAAGUAAAGAGGUCCCUGAAAACAAGGUGAUGGAUCAUCAAACAGACUUGACUGGUUCGCUUCUCCAUAACCAGACCACUGAUUUUACAAACUUGAUCAGUAAUGAAGGUAACGAAUUGAUUGGCAAUAGAGGUCUGAACAGUUCUGUGACGGUUACUUCAGAGAAUAACCAUAGUCAUAUCAACAACAGUUCUAGCAUUGCCUAUAUUAGUAAUCAUCCAGACGAAACUUCGUUGCUAUUUCCAGAAGCAACCAGCAGUAGUGCUGACCAGGGCUUUAUUCAUGAGAAUGCACACCAAGGAUUUGAUAAACCAAGAAUCAAUGAAGAAAUCAUGCCAGUACCAUUGGAUGAUAUACAAAUUCAUGAGGAUGAUCUGCAGCCACGAGGAUUGGAUGAGACAGCUGAGGUUCCAUUUACUGAUGCUCCAAUUGUUGGCGCCCCUUUCCGGUUGAUCUCGUUUGUUGCUAGGUAUGUCAGCGGCGCUGACUUGGUGGACCAAAAGUAACCCACAUAUGUCCAUCGAACUACCUGUGAUCUGAAUGCUGGAAAGCGGAGUCUCUUUGUUCUGCUGACAUAGUUCUUUCAGUAAGCCAUUAGAAGUUCAUCAUAAUUUUAAGAUAUCAAGGAAUGAUUUGGACGCGUCCAUUGAAUUCUGUCGGGAUACUGAAGCUCUGGUGAUUGCUUGUAGUGCUCAUGUCAUUCCCGAUUUUUCUUCCUCCCCUGUCAUUUUAUCAGGGGCGUGAGAAGUUCUUGUCCCCAAUAGAAGGGCUGUGUAAUAUGGCCCUAAUAUACCACAUCCCUUUUCGACCGUGUGAGUUGUACUGGCCAGAUUUAAGUUCUCUAUUAACAUCUCAAAUUUUGUUACCCCAGGGAAUAGUAUACGCAUUAGCUGAUGUUAUACUGGUAUUAUUAUGCCAUCAAUCGGUACCACUGUUCUCGA